AUGGUAAUGAAUAAAUUACCUGUACAAAGUCCUAAUGAAGAAUAUAAAGUACCUCAAAUAUCAUCAACUGAUAAUCAAUCAUCAUCGGAUAUAAAACGUCCUAUUACUUCAACAUCAUCAAAUCGUCCAGAACCAUUAAUAAAAAUGCAUACACCAUGGCAAUCACAACAAAUGAAAUCUGAUCAAUUAUCACCAAUUAUUUUAUCAAAACCAACUACAACUAUUGCUGAAGUAAUUGUACAAAAAUCAUCUAUUAUUUCUCCUAUGGAACGUAUACAAUCAGCUAGACCACAACAAUUUCUAAUUGAACAUUCAAUAAUCAAUGAUGGUACUGCUUUGAAUAAUAAACUUAAUAUUGAUAAAUUGAAUUCAAAUUAUCAUCCAUCUACAUCAAAAUCAAUUUUAGAAGAGAUACGUAUUAUGGAUGAAUUGCCUACACCAUUUCCUGCUUAUGUUGCAUCAGCACCAACUGCUACACCAGCUGUUAAACCGCCUGGAUUAAGUUAUCAAUUAAAUAAUUCUACAUCAAAACAUAUUGAAAAUGUUAUACAGAAAACGCCUACAUCAUCAUAUUCGUCUGGUAUCAGUCAACCAUUGCAUAUUCAAACAACCACUUAUGAUUUAUCGUUGACUACAGUAGUUGAUUCACAUAAAAAUCAUCAUCAUUUACAACACCAACAACAUCGUCGAUCUACAUCGAAUAAUUCGUCUAGCAUUUCUUCUGCUUCUACAUCACCACGUAGUUCAUGUUCAUCAAGUCAACUAGAUUUAUUAGAUCCAGUAUCUACUGAUUUAACUUCAGGAAGUCAUCAAACUACUAUUCUGUCAAAUUCCAAUUCGUCGUCUCCUACAUCACCAGGUUCUAGAACAUCAUCAUCAUCGUCAUCACCAUCGACUUCUUCAUCAGUUAGUGCAGAAGCAGCAGUUGUUGAUGACGAUGAUUUGAAUGGGGCCGAUGAAGCUAAUAUUUUAAUAUCAGCUGCUAGUGUAGAACACAAAUCUGAUUUUGUCGGUGUUGAUGAUGAUGUUGAAGAAGUGUUUCUAAAUGAAGAUAAAGAUUUGAAAAGUGUAGAUAAGCAACAAGAUGAAAAAGUAGAAGCUGAAAACUAUAAUCAGCAAGAGUAUUUGGCAAUUACUGAACAUACCAUCAUACAAGAUUCAUUGGAAGCACGAUUUUUACCUAUUGAUUCUGAACCGCAUGUUGUAGAAGCACAUUCAGUUCAUGUGGCACAUCAUAAUGUAAGUCCUGAGAAUGGUGAUCAUCUUUGUCGGAUGAUUGGUACUGUGACUCAAAGUGUUGCCGUCAGUAAAACAAUAACAACAAUAGCUGCUACUACUACUAAAGUCAAUGGUACAAAUGCUCAGUCUAACGAUUCAUCUGUUGCCGAAUUUAAUAAGUCUGUCAAUUUAACAAAUGCAUCAAAUCAUGAUAACAUUCCUAAAUCAAUUAGUAUUGAUGAUUACACGAAAGCAGAGAAACAUCGAAAUGAUCAACAAUAUAAUCGUCAACAUUUAUCAAUCAGUGAUCAUAUAAAUUAUGAUAAUAACGGAGAAGAGGAUGAUUUAAAUGAUAUUGUACAUUAUACACCAGAACGUAUAUCACCAAUGUCAUUUGAUCGUGGUACAGUGACUACAAUUGAAUCACAUUUAUCUAGUAUAAUGGCUCAAGAUGAAAUUGAUGAUUGUCGAGAUAAUACCAAUCUUAACAAAGAACUUGACUAUUCUACAUCGAAAAAGAUUAUUGCUGAUUCAGAAAAGAUUUCCGAAUCUCCACCAUAUGCUUGUCUCGAUGUGCAUAAUGAUAAUCCAGAUGAAUGGGAUUUAGGUGUGGCUGAUCGUGAUUUAUUAGCCGCUGAUGGUUUACUCUAUUUAGAUCGUAGUCAUCCGGAGUCACUUAGCGAUCGAAUUAGUGAAUUUGGAUUUCGAAUUCAUGGUUCAUCUGAGGGUGAAGAAGAUUUAGAAGAUGAGGAUGAUGAUCCAGACGAUAGUGGAAUUCGAGAUGAAAUAAUUAUACCAAAUGAUUUAUCAAACAUAAAUAUGAUGAAUUUAUGUCAAUUAUCAUCGAAUACAAAUAAUAUUGAAGGUAUUUCACCAACAUUAAGUCGUAUGAAUGCAAAUGAUAAUUCUAUGGAUACACAAAAAUUAUCAUUAUCAACAAUUGAUGGAACUAACUUAAAUAGUCAAAUGACAAAUGGUGAUCUAAAUCUUAAUCAUAUGGAUGUAUUAAAUAAGAAUUUAAAAAUUAAUUCUACUAUGACAAAUACUACUACUAGUACUACUAAUAGUAGUAAUCAUAAUAACAGAUUAGUCAGUCAAAAAGAAUUGGAUUUAAAUGAUAUUGUCAAUUCUACUGGUCAUGAGUUUUAUCCAGAGAAAUCCGGAGAGGAAUUAAUGUCUUUAUUAAGACAAUUGAAAUUUGCUCAAAAAUUCGCUUGGUUAUCAGGAGCUUCUGUACUUCCAACAGGAUUAUCUGCAUUGACUAAUAUCCAAUCAAAUAAAUUAACUAGUAACAAUAAUAAUGAUAAUAAUUUGGAUCAUCAUUGUCAAUCUUUAACUAAUGGAAUAACAAAUGAACUAUAUACAAAAACCGAUACUUUGAAUAUAAUGAAAGAUUCUUCUAUUAUUAAAACAAUGAAACAAGAUAAAAUCGAUCAAAUUGAUGAUCAGAAAGAUGUAAUGAAGUUAGAUACUACUAUCAUUUCUAAUGUUGUUACUACUACUACUACUACUCAUGAUCAUGAUGAAGAUAAAAAAUCGAUUAAUGGAGGAAUUACAUUCAUAAAACAUAAUCAUUUAAACAAUAAUUCGAUUUUACUUAAUGGAGAUAAUUCUAAAUUGAAUCAAAUGAAUGGAAAAUUGAAUGAUAUACAAAAUGAUGAUCAUAUUGAUGAUGAUGAUGUUGUUGUUAAUAUAAAGAAUGGUAAAAUUGAUAAUUCAUUUGUUGAACAAAAACAAAAUGGACUUGUAUAUGAUAAAACAGACGUUAUCAUAAAUGGUCAAAUAAAUGAUAGUUUUGAUGGUAGUGAAUUACCAUUAUUUGCGAAAGAUAAUACAGUAUUGGAUAAUGAUUCAUCAAUAAAAUCUGAUAUGAAACUAAAUCUGGAAGCUAUAUCUGCUACCUAUAAACCGGAUAAUAUUAGUUUAUCUACCAAGCAUACGAUUGAUAUACCUACUCCUAUUAUUACGACUGCCGUUUGUAGUAAUAUUCAACCACAUUCUCCUGCUGUUAGUAAUACACUUACUACACGAACUGUUACAACAGAUAAUCAUCUGAAGUUAUUAAUGAUGAAUAUGAAAGAUUAUGUACAAGUAUCUAGUUCAUUACCGUCAACUCCUAUGUCAUCGUCUUUUGUACCAGCUAGUUUCAAUGUUAUUCCUACUAUUGAUAAUAAUAAUAAUAACGACAAAACGAAAUCAGAAAGUGAUUUUCAGACAACUAAACUAUCCGAAUUGGAGAAACAAGAUAUUGCUUAUAAUAAAGAUAAUCUUUCUGUUAAGAAUUACACAUCUCUACCAUCAGGCACAAGUACUGCAUAUCCUUCAGAUGUAGUAAUAACAACAAAAUGUACAACUACCACAGGGACAAUAGAUUUAAUAUGUUCUAAAUCAACCAUCAUAGGAAACACACAUGCUACUUAUCCUAUCACACCAAUAUCUAUAUCCACUGAUAUUCAUCCUAUCGACAGUGAUGAUAUAGAAGUAGAUGAUAUUGUUUAUAGUAAUAUAUCAAAUGAAGGGAAAUCUCAUAUUGGUGGAUCAUUACAAUUGAUACCUCAAAGAAAAGAAAAGAAUACGAAUAGGAAAAAAUUAUUUUAUCGGUCUAGUUUAUCACCUUGUUCAGAUAUUCAUCCAUUUCCAUCAUCGACAUCACUUGUAACAGGUUCUUUACCAAAACAAGAUGAUCAAGAGAUAUGCAGUAACGAUUAUCAGAAAAUAGCUAGCAAUGUUAUUCCACCGUCAACUUUACUAACAACACCAAUCACAGAUACAGAAACCAUUAGAACUACCGCAUCAAUAUCAUAUCUACCUUCAAAUCAGCCUCUGGCAUUGCAACCUCAUUUAAAGAUGGUUUCCAGUAUAGAAUUGAGUGGUAACUUAAACGGUAAUGAUAAUAAUAAUAAUCGAUCCCACAACGACAACUUCUCAAAAGAUUCACCACUUGUUUCAUCAGUGAAACUACAUAGACGUGUACCUGCCCCUACUGUUACUUCGGUUGUUCUUAAUAAUAGUGAUACGAUCGCUACUACAAUAUCGAAAAUCGCCACUUCACCCGCUUUAAUUUCUUCUGUUAUAAAUCCUGUUAAGGCAAAUGAGACGAAAAUAUCACGUUCAUCUAUGAUUGAAUUAAUAAGUUGUCCUAAUAAGGAUGUGUCCUACCCAGGAAAUAUGGGUGCUUGUUUUUCAUUAGUAUUUGAAGGUUGUCCAUUGAAGAUUAAUUCAACUGCAACAUGGAUUAAUCCCGCUAACAAUGGUCAAGUUAUCCUAUUGGGUACAAAUGAUGGUAUAUAUUGUUUACAGUUGAAAGGACGUUCUGAGAAUUCUUUAGAAUUACUAUUUCCACGUCGUUGUUUAUGGUUAUCGGUUACUCGAGAUACUAUGAUGUCACUAUCUGGUCGUCAUCCUCAAUUAUAUGCACAUAAUUUGGUUUCUUUAAUGAAAUUAAAAUCUCAAGGUCAUUCAAUGAGUGGUGGUAGUGGUUGUACAGUUGGGGGUAGUAGCGGAGUUAGCGGUAGCAAUAUUAGUGGUCUUGGUGGAGCUGCAUCAAAAUUUGGCAAAUUCGUUAAACUUUUUCCUAAACGAUUUUCACCAUCAAAAAAAAUGCCUGAUACAAAAGGAUGUUUACGUGCUAAUGUUACACGUAAUCCAUUUAAUGGUGCUAAAUAUUUAUGUGCAGCUAUGACAAAUGAAAUAUUAAUUAUGGAAUGGUUUAAUCCUGUAUCAUCAUUUAUUGAAAUUAAAAGAAUAUUUGUUCCUGAUAUGCCUUCACCUUUAUUAAAUUUUGAUUUACUGAUUGUGAAAAAUCUUCCUCUACCAUUUGUUUGCGUUGGAGUCUAUCGACAUCAUUCUCGUAAAGGUCGAGAAGGUCAACGUUUUCGUUUACAUUUGAUUGAUUUAAAUAGUUCUGGACCUAAUCCACCACAGAUACCUCCAGUAGUUUCAUCUAUUCCUCCUUAUUUCACUGUCUUCUUGGACUCAUCUACAUCUCCUCACUCUGUAAUAUCACAUUCAGAAAAUAUUCAUGGAUUAAAUGAUUCAGUUGAAUUAACGAGUAGUAAUAAUAUUAGGUUGACUAAUAAAACACAAGUAGUUCUUAAAUCAGAUCAAACAAAAGCUGAAUUACAACGAAAGAAUACUCUAUUUUUACCCGAGGAUAUUCUACCGGUUGUUGAAACUGUACAAUUAGAGCAUAAUACUAUAUUAAUAUGCUUUUUAGAUUGUGCUAAAGUUGUCAGCUUAAAUGGUCAAAUUAAAUCCAGUCGUCAUCGUGCCACAACUUUAGAUUUUAAUGGAAUCACAGUUGAAUCUAUUGUAUGUCUUCGAGAUAGUAUUCUUGUAUUUCAUCCACAUGGUCUACUAGGAAAAAGUUUUACUGGAGAGUUAACUCAAGAAAUUAAUGAUAAAGAAAAUAUUUAUCGAUUAUUAGGAUACAAUCGAAAUAUUAUUGUUGAAAGCCGACCAGCUAAUAAUCCAAUGUCUAAUUCUAAUGUAUACAUUUUAUCUGAUAAUAUGGAGAAUAUUUAA